CGUAGUUAGAGACUAACCACUGCCCCAACAUCCAACCCUAAAUUACGUGGUUAGAGAAGAAAAAGUAAAGUAGCAGGACCACAUGAAAAAGAGGAUAACAAACACAAUGAGGGUCUUUGACUUGUUGCCAUAAAGAGCAUUGAACUUCCCGUCAUAUCCAAGACCCUGCAUCUCGUCGAUCGCCAUCCUCUGACAACCACAGCCGCCGCCUAUAGCACCAACCUGGUGACUCGUGAGUUUCAAGAUGGACCAAGUUUUCUCAACUCUCCAGUAUUGGUUAGUGGACCACCCCAAAAUCCUCCAAUUCCGAUGGACUGAGGGUCAAACCCUUGGCUCCACCCCACUCUUCCUCACUCUCACAGUUCUCACAUACUUCUCCCUCACAUUCCUCCUCUCCCGAACCCCGCUCCCUUCCCUUGGAGCCCACAUCCUCAAACCCAUCACAGCCCUCCACUCCCUCACCCUCUUACUCGUCUCCCUCAUCAUGGCCCUUGGCUGCAGCCUCUCCAUCAUCUCCCAUCCAUCCCUCUUGCACCACAUCAUUUGCUUCCCUCCCGACACCCUUCCCGCCGGCCCACUCUUUUUCUGGGCCAACAUCUUCUACCUCUCCAAGAUUCUUGAAUUCGUAGAUACCCUUUUGAUUAUCUUAAGCAAAUCAAAGCAGCGGCUGACGUUUCUCCACGUCUACCACCAUGGAACCGUGGUUGUCAUGUGCUACCUUUGGUUACACACUUGCCAGUCUUUGUUCCCCGUGGCACUCGUCACCAAUGCGACCGUACAUGUAGUAAUGUACUUUUACUAUCUAUUAUGCGCGAUGGGGAUGCGCCCGAAGUGGAAGAGAUUGGUUACGGAUUGCCAGAUUGUGCAGUUCGUGUUCAGCUUUCUAGUUUCUGUUCUGAUGCUCUACUACCAUUUUACGGGAUCGGGUUGUUCAGGAAUCUGGGGUUGGUCUUUCAAUGCUGUUUUCAAUGCCUCUCUUUUGGCUCUUUUUGUUGACUUUCAUGGCAAGAGUUAUGCCAAGAAACAGAUUGGUGACAAGGAUAAAUGCUCUUGAUUCUGCUGUUUCAAUCCUUUUUUCGAUGAUAAUGUUAUUCCAUUUGAAUAUAAUUGGUAUGUGGCAAUUUGAUUGGUAAAAUAAAUCAGGAGAAAAGAUCAUUUUUUA